ACAAUUAUGCACUCAUCAUUUACUGCAGAUUGUGUCAAUAAUCGCAGCAAGAUCAAAUAAUAAUCUGCUGAUAGCACGAGUACCACCACGUACCACAUAAACUUUCGUUAAGAACCAACGACGGAGAAGUCGCUACUCUUGUUGAUUACGAAACACACAUCUGACCAGAAUCUAAUAGCAACAAAUGAAUUUAUGCGGCGGCUGAAAUGUGUAAGCUGUUUUCGAAGAGAAUUUGUGAUUGGCAUCAAUUGUAAAAUGGAUUUGUAUGAUUACAACUAAUUGUAAGUGGUUGUUGGUACGAAGGAGACGAAGGAGAUUUUGGUGUGCAGUGGAUUGGAUAUUCCGUCUUUCGAUAUCGAUAUGCAUCUUCAACAGUGGAUAUGGAUUGCAGUAUCCCUGUCUGCGAUAAACCUGUGCACUUCCGCAAACAUAUUCAUGAUAACCAUGGGGGGUACCAAGUCUCAUAAAAUUCCCUUUUGGGAAUUGGCCCGAGGACUGAUACCCAGAGGACACAACAUAACAUUUAUGAAUGCUUUUCCAGCAGAUUUCCUUAUGGAUGGGUUGGAAGAAAUUACACCGACUAAUUUAGUGUUUUAUGUUAAAAACUUCACUAAUUGGGAUUUGGUGGGAGCCAGAAUGAGAGGGGAAGAGCCAGUUCCUGUUUUGGAUAUGGUCAGGUAUGCUUAUGAGGCGUGUGAUAUCUUGUUAUCUGACCCCGAGACCAAAGACUUCCUCUACUCCAGGCAUAAAUUUGACCUGUUGAUUUUGGACGGGGCGUAUCCCGAAUGUGCUCUGGCGUUCGCCCACCAUUUCAACGUGCCCUUUAUGUACAUCAACACCGUAGGAUUCUACACGGGGUCGUUGUCGAUAGCGGGCAAUCCGACACCCUUUUCAGUUACUCCCUUCCUAUCGCAGCCGUACACAGACAACAUGAAUUUAUUACAAAGAACUGUCAAUACCAUGUGGUACCUGGCCGCAAACACAGUACACUCAGUUUUGGUGAGAUACAAGAUGCAGGAAGUAGUGUGGAGGCACUUCGGGAGAAACGUGCCGCCAAUCUACGAGAUGUCCAAGAACGUCAGCUUUAUUUUACAGAACGGACACGCAACCAUGACCUACCCCAGACCUUACCUUCCGAACGUUGCGGAAAUUGCUUGCAUUCACUGCAAGAAAACCAAGCCUCUGCCACAAGAUCUCGAGGAUUUCAUAAGGGGAUCCGGCGAUGCAGGUUUCAUCUACUUUAGUAUGGGAUCAUCGGUAAAGGCGGCUAAUAUGCCCGAAUACUUGAGACGGAUGCUGAUGAUCGUUUUCAAGCAACUACCGCAGCGUGUUCUCUGGAAAUACGAGGCGGAAAACGACAUGCCUGACCUACCAUCAAACGUUAAAUUGGGACGGUGGCUGCCUCAACAAGAUAUAUUAGGUCAUCCGAAAAUAAGAGCUUUCGUGACCCACGGUGGGCUUCUGAGCAUGUUCGAAACUGUGUAUCACGGAGUACCGAUUGUGUCUCUCCCCGUUUUUUGCGAUCACGAUUCAAACGCUGCAAAGGCGGAGAUUGAUGGUUAUGCGUUAAAGCUGGACCUGGCAUCAUUAACAUCCGACUCACUUCUUUGGGCGAUAAAGAAAGUCAUCUACGACAGAAGGUACAGGGAGGAAGUUAAGAGAAGACAAUACUUGCUGUUGGAUCAGAAAGAAACACCACUACAAAGAGCGGUUUACUGGACGGAAUACGUGAUCAGGCAUAAAGGGGCGAAACAUUUCCAGUCGCCUUCGAGAAACAUGGGAGUACUUCAAUACUAUUUGAUAGACGUAAUGAUGGUUCUAGUACUGUCCGCCAUUGCUUUGUGGUACUCCUUAAAAAUAGCGUUUAGGUUAUUUAUUAAAGUUGUUACUGGAAAUUUAAGUGUUGGUAUAUUUAAAAAAAAUAUUAAAAUUGAAUAAUGUUUAUGUAAAUAUUAUAUUUCGAGUUUGUACAGUGUUUAUAGUUUGUGUGUCACGUGUGUGCGUGUGUUUGUGUGAUUAAAAACCAUAAGAAUCA